AUCACCCCCAACCCGCCGAAUGACAUGCCCACGAGUGCGCCGCACGCUGCCAGCUACCGCCGCCACGGCUUUUGCAUUGCGUCGUCUCAUCCGUCCGGGCGGGUGACAGCUCGCCAGGCCCUCGGGUGCGCCCUCGUCGACACGCCUUGCAUGUCUUCACUGCUCGCUCUGCAAGCCAUGUGCCUUGCUCUCUAGCG